CCCAAAUCCGAUCCAUCUCUCGGUUCUUUAAAACCUCGAACGCAUUUCUACCAGUUUCAUUUCAUUUCAUCUCUCUCUCUCUCUCUCUCUCUCUCUCGUCUCUUCAGAAACCUUGAACAUCCAUCUCCAUCUGGGUUGCGAACUUGUGAUUGAAGCUCUUGGCAAUGUUGACGAAGAAGGAGCAGCACAUUGAUCCUGACCUCCCAGAACAUGUUGUGCUCAACAUCCUCUGUCGGUUGCCGGUUAAGUCCUUGAUCCGCUUCACUUGUGUCUGUAAACGGUGGCAUUCUCUCAUCAUUUCCGACCGCCAAUUUGGCAACUCCCAUUUCCAACUAUCAUCCCACCUCCGUCAACAUGUCCUUAUCGCCACUCCUCGUAUGUCUUCCACUCAAUUUCAAUGCUUAGAUGAUAACUUUACGACGAAAAAGCUCACUUGCCCAUUGGAGCUGACUACUGUGACUAGCAACACUGAAGUAAUGGGCUCCUGCGAUGGUUUGGUACUUUUGGGUCAGUUCAAUCGAAAUUGUUUGGUACCUCUGGUCGAAUUUUACUGUGAUUAUUAUAGAAGUUUGGUAAUCUGGAAUCCAUCGACUAAAUUCGUCCGCAAGAUACCUCUUCCAAAAUUUCAGAUUGGGAUGAUAAAAUUGGCAGAUGAAAGAAAGAAAAGGCACAUGAGCUGUGUAUAUUAUGGUUUUGGUCGAGUGUCGGCCUCUGAUGACUAUAAACUUGUGGUGAUACCAAAUUUUGGUGGUUUUAUGGAAGUUCAGGUGUUCUCAUAUAGGGCUAACAGUUGGAAAGUUGUUAAAGCUCCUUACCUGUCACCAUACCCCUUUUGGUCUAAAGAAUGGGGGACUUAUUCAAAUGGAGCCAUUCAUUGGGUCAGUGACUGCGAACCUGGGUUUGAGCCACCACCGGUCUAUGCUUUUGAUCUGGACAGUGAGCAGUUUGGGGAAAUGCCACUUCCUGUUUUUAGCCAUAAUGAAGAUGGUAUAAAAAUGACGCGAGUAAGAACUCCGGUACUUGUAGGAGGAUGUCUUUGUGUGAUGUUUCAGGAUCCUGACAAAUAUAGUGAAUUUUGGGUGAUGAAAGAGUAUAAAAUGCCUGAAUCUUGGGUUAAACUUUUUCGGUUUAAUGUACGUGAUUUACCAGAUGUGUUUGCUCCAAACUAUAACUGCUAUUACUGGGAUCCUAUUUUUCUUUCAGAAGACGGAACAAUUGUGAUCAAACUACAUAUGAAGUUGGACUUGGUCAGAAUUAUAUGCUGUAAGGACAACGCCCCAGUCUGCACUGAUCGGUACAGAGUUGAGGUGCCCGAGUACAUGUGUUCAUUCAAUGCCCAUUUUUAUCAUGAGACUUUAGUUUCAGUGCCUGAAUGAUUAUGGUGAUUCAUAUGGCUUUACACCCAGAGAGUCCUGCAAAACUAAGAAGCAAGACCAAAUCUGUACUGCUAGGUGCAUCUUAUUUCUGGAUUCCUUUUGGGUUUUAACUAUUGUUAUUUGGACUGCAUCCUAUUUCUGGUUUCUUUGUAGGUGUCGUAUUGGUAUUUCAUAUGGUUGUGGAAGGAGUGUAUGUUACUUUGUUUUAACCAGUGAGCUCGAGUGGCCAAAAACUAUGAAGUAUGAACUAUUACUGCUGUAUAAUGGAACUUGUUUAUGAUAGUUUGCAUUUGCUCCAGA